AUGGGUGUGCCGAAAUUCUUUCGAUGGAUAUCGGAACGAUAUCCGAAUAUCAGUCGAGUGAUCAAUGAUAAUCAGAUACCCGAUUUCGACAAUUUCUAUUUGGAUAUGAAUGGAAUUAUUCAUCAAUGUUCGCAUAUUAACGAAGAUAACUGUGAAACGAAUGUCAGUGAAGAGGAAAUCUUUCGCAAUAUCUUUCAUUAUCUCGAUUUCUUAUUUCGCCUGAUUAAGCCGAAAAAAGUCUUCUUCAUGGCAAUUGACGGUGUCGCACCACGCGCAAAGAUGAAUCAGCAACGUGCUCGACGUUUUCGCGCUGGUCAAGAUCGAAUGAAAAAGCUGAAAAAAAUCGCCGAAGCGACUAAUCGGCCAUUGGACGAAUUAUUGUCUCAACAUUUUGAUACUAAUUCCAUCACACCCGGAACACAAUUCAUGGCAAAUUUACACGAACAACUGAAAUAUUUCAUACAUAUCAAAUUGACUACUGAUCCCCUAUGGGAAAACGUUGAUGUUCACCUGUCUGGUCAUUUGACACCAGGCGAAGGCGAGCAUAAAAUUAUGGAAUAUAUUCGAUAUACACGUUUGCAGCCAGGAUAUGAUGUGAAUACUCGACAUUGUUUGUAUGGCCUUGAUGCUGAUUUGAUCAUGCUGGGUUUAGUGACACAUGAAAUACAUUUUGCAUUGUUACGUGAAGAAGUGAAAUAUGGUUCGAAGAAAGUAUCGAAAAUUUUAACACCAGAAGAGAUCACAUGGCAUUUAUUUCAUACGUGUUUACUACGAAAUUAUAUCGAUUUGGAAUUUCGAUCGAUCAAAGAGAGUUUGAAGGUUUCAUACAACUUAGAAUGUAUCAUUGAUGACUGGAUUCUCAUGGCUUAUUUGGUUGGAAAUGAUUUCAUUCCUCAUCUGCCACAUAUUCAUAUCAAAGAAGAAGCAUUGUCCAUCCUGUGGGAUGCAUAUAAAGUCGUGUUACCAACACUCGAUGGUUAUAUGAACGAAUCUGGUGAAUUGAAUUUAGUCCGUUUUGAGACCUAUUUAACUGAAUUAGCUAAAUACGAUCAUCAACGGUACGCGGACGAAAACGAUACAUUCAAAAAUUUGAAUAAAGUAACUGGACGAAAGAAGCAAAUAUCAGAAAAGAAAACCGAAGCCGAACCAGAAGAUGAUAUCGAUGGUGGCUUCAAUUUUGCUGCAUUGGAUAAAUUGAAUACUACCGAGCCGCAUUCAGCACCAGUAAUCGAACGACCAUUGUCCAAUGAUGAGAAUGUGAAAGUGGCAGUUGAAGUAAAAGUUUCCGAUUCAUCGUCAACAUCUGACGAGAAUGAUCUUUCAUCAGAUCUUGAGAACAGUGAAGAUGAAGACGAAAAGAAAAAAAUAUCGACGGAAAUUCCGAAAUUAAUUAAUGAGGAUAAUACUGACAAACUGCCAUUAAUUGAAGCCGAAUUUCGUCAACAUAAAAAUCAUUAUUAUCGCGAAAAGAUGAAGAUAAACUUCACUUCAUGCGAAGAGCUUCAAUUCUAUGUCAAUCAAUAUAUCGAAGCGUUACAAUGGAUUUUGAAAUACUAUUACCAAGGUUGUCCAUCGUGGUCAUGGUUUUAUCCUCAACAUUAUGCGCCAUACCUAUCCGAUCUAAGAAACUUCAAAGAUCUGAAAAUUGACUUGCAAAAAGGAACACCAUUCAAACCUUUCGAACAACUACUGAGUGUACUUCCACCAACGAGCCGUUUUCUUUUACCGGAUGUGUUGCAACCGUUGAUGAUUGAUCCGAGUAGUCCAUUGUUGAGUUUCUAUCCGGAACAUUUUGAAUUGGAUCAAAACGAAAAGAAACAAGAUUGGGAAGCCAUUGUUCUUCUUCCAUUUAUCGAUGAAAAACUGCUUUUAAAUUCAAUUACUCAAUAUUACAAUCGGUUGAAACCGAAUGAACAGAGUCGAAAUCAGCAUUUGCCAUCAUUAUGUUAUCGAACAACAGCUAGUUUACAACCGAUCGGAAACUCUCUACAGGCCAAUCCUUGUUUUCCAUCUUUACAAGAAACUCGAGCUUCUUGUACGGAAAUUCCUGUUGAUCAAUAUCAAUCCGAUGGUCUCUACUUCAAACAUAAUCAUCAACAAGAAAGCAACAUGAUUAUUUAUCCGAAAUUUCCCUCUCUGAAUGUUUUACCAUACAGGUACGAUUAUAAAACGAAUGCUGUCAAUAUAUUUGAAAUGCGGUCAAAAGCGGCGACACUUGUGUUAAGUUUAGUACGUCAACCUGAUUCCGAUUGUAUUGCAUACAAUUCUGAUUGGAAUCCGAAAGAUGAAAAGACUCUGCCGCCAUUUCAAAUAACAAAUAUCAAAGGUUUAGUUCAUCGUUAUCUUGGUAAACGUGUUUUUGUUGACUGGCCACACUUCCAGUAUGGUAUCGUUUGUGCUGUUAGUGAUUUUCGACAAACUUACACAUGGACUAAUAUACCCGGUGGAUCGUACUACUAUUUCGAGCCUGAGAAUACCGAAGAAAAUUUCGAUUAUAAGAAUUACACUCAAAAGCCCAUCUACGUAUCCCAGUGUCCAUUCGAAAUAGGAAAUGAUUAUAACAAACAAGCUGUUUUUGAAUCUUAUACGCUAAAAGACAACGAGCGUGAUGCGGAAUAUAUAAAAGCAGUUAAUAUCAACCGAAGAUAUGAAAAUCGACAAGGCAUUUCGAUUGGGCCAAUACCCGUCUUGCUAUAUGUCUGUCCAUUGAUUGGUUAUCGAAUAAGAUGUUCGUCAACAUCGGAUAAAUGUAAAACGAAUAUGUGCUUUUCCAAUCAGGCUCUAGCUUAUCCGUUACAGACGACUCUUUUUAACUUGCCCAAUUACAAAUCCGAUCUCGAUCAAACACCGCGUACUAUUAAUGAUUAUUUCAAAGUCAAUGAUCAGAUCUUCGCUCUUAAACAGCCGUUCUAUUCCGUGAGUGGUUUCGUCCAGGAAGUAAAACAAGAUUCAAAUGGAAAAUACAUCGUUGUCUGCCAAAUGGAAUCAUCGGAUUCCAAUCAUCAACCAGACAUGAGUCGCGUGGUACCAAAACUGCUCCCGCAUCAUUUGAAAUAUUAUACAGCACAAGAGAUCGCUGAUAAAUUAAAGACCAUUCCAUGUGUUGUAUCGAAAAUCACAGGAAAAAUCAAUCUUUUUCCUUCGAGUAGACGACGUCGAAGAGCGAUUCCAACAAAUAUCGGAUUAUCAUGGAAAAUGAACAAACCAGUGAAACAGCUGCACGGCUAUACGAAGAAGAUUGAUGAGAUAUGGUACUAUUCCGAAGCAGCUGUCACCAUCAUUUCGGAAUAUAUGACGAAAUUUCCACAAAUCAUCACUGAAAUACAGAAUAAACCAAAGGAUGACAAUUAUUAUGAAGCAAAAAUUUGGCCCGAUCAAAAUGCCAAAAAAGAAGUUCAACAACUUCGUGCUUGGAUUAAAUCAUUACCGACCUAUUCAUUAUCACUGACGGAUGAUUCUUGGAGAGCACUCGAUAGUCCUGUUAUUAAUGAAUUGGACAAAUCAAUAAAAUCAUUUUAUACUAAACGUGCGGAAAAGAGUCCAGCGAAGAAGGGCAAAAUAGUUCCUUUCGAACCAGAAGCGCUGUUCAAAAGCAGUGAAUCACUUGGCAUGUGCGAUCCGGAUACUUGCACUACUUUUGAUCUAUACGAUCGUGUUGUCAAUGUUCGGUUUGGUGCAGGCGUACCGGUCGGUACACGGGGUACGAUCGUUGGAAUUAUGUACAAUCGAAAUCAUUUUGACACAUACUACGAAGUCUUAUUCGAUAAUCUGCCAUUGAACAGUCUCGAUGCAAUCUUACAUGGUAAAAAUCAGAGCAAAUGUCGAAUUAAAGUUCAUUCAUAUCAUCUGAUGAAUUACUCCCAUUCACUUCGACUUCGUUCAGUAAUGUAUCAUCCUCAACAAUCAUUGCCUGCAGGAUAUAACUGGGAACAGUGUGCAGUCGGGUAUGAUUCGCCAGGUCAACAUCAAUCAUAUUAUUCAAAUCAAAGAAAUACACAAGAGAAAAAUACAGGAACUAAACCAAAAUCAGCACCACCAUUGACCACAGAUCAACGUCCACGAUUCGCUAAGACAGAACCAGAAGUAAACAAAUCGCCAUCGGAAACGACAGUGCAAGACGCAUCAUUACCUCCGCCAUCAGCUGAAAAUUUACCGAAUCAACAGAUCGUUUUCACAUCGCUUUAUGAUGGUGGAUUGUUACAAGCACCUUAUGCAGCCGCACCAUCAAAUUCAACACCUGAACAAAUGCUUUUCCGUGCUAUUCAAGAUUCAGGGCAAAUGCAAACUCCUGAUGAACAAGCAGUACAUCCGAAUACACAACUGUCCUACAAUCCAGAUCCAUCAGGAUUUGCUCAAACUCAAUACUAUCAACCUGCAUUGAAUAUCGACAGUAUGAAUAGUUUUCUAUUUCAACAGCAACCUCCAAUCAACCCGUAUCAAGAAGUCAAUCCAUUCAUGUUCAACGGUACAGAAGGUUUCUCAUUGAAUAAUUUACCUGUCAUGAUUGGACAAUCUGGCUAUCCCAUCGAUGGUUUCCCACAACAAUGGCCAACACAAAUACAAAGUCCUUCGAGUCAAACAGGACCACCGCCACCAAGAUCACAACUAAGUCAUGAGUCUCCUCCGUUCAUACCACAACAAACAACUCCACCUACUGUAACAAAUAAAGAUGCCCUGAAAUUUGUUCCAAGUCAAGUUCUACGUAAUAUUCCUAAAAAAUGA